CAUCUUCCCUUAUCCAAGUCUUCGCCUAGAAACUUCUCUCCCCCUUUUCCCCCUUUUCUUCUUCUUCGAUUCAUGACAGCGCCCCCCCUCUCGAUCCCAAUCCCGAUCAUCGCGCCCCUCCAGAUUCGAUUCCCACUUCAAUCGGACCGAUUUCAAGCGAAUAAUCGUCGAUUUUAAUGGCCGAUGCUCUCAGCAAGACCAAUUUUCCUCCCCCUUCUCGUUCCUAUUCUUCUUCUCGUCAUCUUCCCCCUCCUGUUUGCUGCCUUAAAUCCGUCGCCGCUUCUUCUUCUUCUUCGCGUUCCUUGAAUUGGCAGCGGCUCUUUGUGAAAUUACCGUCCACCUCGCGGCCCUUUUCGAGCGGCGACUCCUAUGGCAGAGGAAUCGAUUUUCGAGAAGCCAAGGGCGCCCUCUCCGAGAGCUAUGUUUCUCCUGCGCGAUUUUCGACGACAUCCCAUAGUGGCUUGCGGAUUCCGAAAGCUCAGAAAUGGUGGGAAAAAGGGUUACAACCUAAUAUGAAAGAGGUGACUGGUGCACACGACCUUGUGGAAUCUCUUUUAAAUGCUGGGGAUAAGCUUGUUAUCGUAGAUUUCUUCUCCCCUGGUUGUGGUGGCUGCAAAGCUCUUCACCCGAAGAUAUGCCAAUUUGCUGAGAUGAAUCCGGAUGUUCAAUUUUUGCAAGUGAACUAUGAAGAGCACAAAUCCAUGUGUUACAGUCUUGGUGUCCAUGUGCUGCCCUUUUUUCGCUUUUACAGAGGUGCUCAUGGUCGUCUUUGCAGCUUCAGCUGUACUAAUGUGACGAUCAAGAAAUUUAAGGAUGCAUUAGCCAAGCACAACACCGAUCGCUGCAGCAUUGGUCCCACCAAAGGGUUGGAGGAGAAAGAACUUGUGGCACUUGCCGUUAACAAAGAACUCUCUUUCAGCUACACACCUAAGCCAGCAGAAGAGGUCCCCGGCACCGUCCUGGUCCCUGCCCCCUUGAGCGGAGUUAAAAUAGAAUCAGAACCAUCGCGUUCGGAGUUGGAGCAACUGCCUCUUCCUAUUCCUCUUCCUCCUCCUUCAACUAGAAUAAAGUCUGCCCAAGACUCCAAGGAGAAUGCCUAUGUGGGAUGAAGCAACCACCCAUGUCCUAUCCUUAAUACAAGUGCUUUUGCCUGUAAAGAAGAUCCAGGGGUCCUAUAUUUGGGAGGCCCAGCAAAGUUGUAGGUUUAUUUUAUUUUAUUUUUUUCUCCUUUUCCUGGGUUGGAUCCCACCCAGCCUGCUGAUUCUUUAGUACAUCAGCAGCCAGCUGAGUGAUUGAUUAUAUAUAGUUAACCGUAGCCAGUUGUAAGUGAUUGUAUGUAUAAAGCUUCUCUGUAAGAUUAUGAAUAUAAGAUCUUUGAAAAUUGUUAUUUGUAAAUUGGUGUGGAUCGAAUGAAGAAACUUUUGCCCAUUGAUAAA